UGUCAAACAUUUGGCAACUUUGCAAGGGAUCUGUGAUUCGUAGAGAAAGGAACGGGAACGGAUAACGGAUCUGGAUUUACCGAAGCACUUCAGGUAAUUACGCGACCCGCACAAGUCAGCAGGUCAGUCGGGCGGGUCAACAGCUCAAGCUGCCAAGCAGUCACAGCAAGCACAGCUCGCGGAGUUGCAGAUUUUCCGAAAAUCGAACAAAUCCCUAAACAUCCACAAAACCGGACACAUGGAAGGCCAUCAGCGCAACCACCGACGCGGAGCUCGUCCGAGCGUGGGCUACUUGCUCUUCCAGUACCAGAGCGAGCUGACCCGUCGCCAUGCGGAGCCCACGCGUCUGUCCCGCACCAAGAUCAACAUCAUCGACGGCCUGGUGUCCCGCACCAUCCGUCACCUGAAGCACUGCAGCGUGGAGGAGCUGCAGGCCUGCAAACGGGGCCUGGUCUACAAGGAGCAGCUCCGAGAUCAGCUCAAGGGAAUGCGUCGCCGUCGCUCCUCCGCUGCCAACACCAACACUUCCCAAAAUAGUUCCAGUAACACCAAGACCGCCGCCAAAACGGUGACUCCCAAGGCUCCUGGCACUCCACCCAAACCCAAACCCGCUGAAGGUGGUCGCCCGAAGGUGUCCAUCUUCGGUCCCGAGAUCUUUGUCUGACUCUAAGUUACCACAAGAUUUGUAUGUUUUAAUUUACUUUAAGUUUAGAGUAGCUUGACCUUAA